GCACAAAACAGAUUGCUGCUGAUUGUGUGGCCCAUUGGAACGCGUGGACACUGGAAGGCCGAGUGUCCAGACCGUCCAAGAAACACCACAAGCACCACCGGCUCAACAGCGCCGGCCAUGACCUCUACCACAGCUGAAGCGGAUAGUGAUCUCAUGUCCAUGGAGUUUAUGCAACUGCCUGUGAUUCCUGACACUGCACUUGAUGAUGAGCCCAGUCCGCAGAAAGCCGAUCAAAAGUCAGUGGCCAAUCCACAGCAUCCUGUUGCGAAACGAUUUCCCAUGACGUUGGCCGAACGCUUUGCCAGGGUUCAGAGACAAGUUCAGGAACCCGUCCUGAGCGAAGAACUGGGAGCGUUCAAAGCUCUCUCCUUCGAGGUGAUGCUGGAGCAAGAGGAGUGCGGCUUGACUCCCAAGAUCGACCCCAAGAGCAAUGCCCAGCCAAAGGCCAAGGCCAAGAGCAGCUGCCGGCUGCCCCAUCCAGAGGUCCCAAUGGAGACCCAUCUCACGACCGAGGAGGACGAAGAACCAUGGGACAUCACCAGCCACCAGCCCAUCCGGCACGCGGAGAUCGAGGCCUUGCAGACCAGGAUGCUCAAUGUAGAGAAUGCCCUGACAGAGAUUCUGUGGAAUCAUGUUUUGGCAGCCAGUGACAUGAAGCGCAAAGGUUCCGAAGGCGACAGCCUUGCUCGAGCUGCCAAGUAUUUGAAGCCAGCUGCAAAACUGAUUGCCCCUCAUGAGAUGACAUCCAAAAGACGCCGUUUGAAUCAGAAGGUUUCUGAACAGAGCGAGAAUCAACAAGUUUUAGAACUGAGCCAGGACAUCAUGCAACUUGUAUCCAAGGAACUUCCAAGGGUUGGCCCAAAAGAAAUCACCAAUACCACCAUCAAGAGAAAGAUUCAAGAAUUGUUUGAUGACAAGACGAUUCUCAGAGUCAUAGCUUGCAAAGGAAACCUGAUGCGGGCAGCACCCGAACACGUCCGUCCAGUCAGUGCAGCAGAGGCUCAACUCAUCCCUGAGGAAAGUGCCGAAGAGACCCCAAUGCCUGAAUUGCCUGCACAUGAGAUCCCUGUGCCUGACACCGAUGAAGAAGGCGAUUCACUUUUGUGCGACCUACUGAUUUGCCAAGACAUGGAUGACAACC